AUGGAGUUCGCAAAGGAUCUGUUGGGCGCCGCUGCAAAAAAGGCUUCAAACUACACCACGGCCCAUCCCAUCGCUGCCGGUGUGCUUGCGGCAGGAGUUGGCGUAGUAGCCGCACCAGCCCUCGUCGCCGCUCCGAUCCUAGGUUUGGCUGGUUUUACGGCCAACGGUAUCGCCGCAGGUUCUGCAGCCGCCGCCGUGCAUGGCGGCAUCGGCAAUGUAGUUGCUGGCAGUCUCUUCGCCACGCUGCAGAGCGCAGGGGCAGGCGGUUAUGGGGUGGCGGUCGUGAACGCGGCUGUUCAGGCCGUUGGCGUCACUAUUGCGGCCGGCGGCGCGGUAUCGGGACAAUCUGAAGAAGCGGGCGACGACGCAAGCGCUUCGGAAGCGUCACCAGGACACUCGGAAGAAUUGGCCGACGACACAAGCGUAUCCGAGACGAUCUGA